UAUGGUGGUAGAUACACAGGUUGUUACAUAGGUUGGGAGAGGAAUUAUUUGCUCACAAAAACACAUGUUUGUUUUAUUUUCCCCCAUUACCCGCCACUUUCCUGUAUCCCUGAUAUGCACACCUGAAUUUGCCAUCAUUUAUCAUGAAUAUGGCACCCUCUGGUGGAAAUAUAACAAUGAAAGGAAAGGCUCACAGAUGUUUACUACGCAGUAGCAAUAUAAACUUAGACAAGAUACUUCUUUGAUAUAUAGCACCUUGUAUCUCCAAUCAGUGCUGUCAUCCUAAUUGGAGGAUUCUAACAGCUUUAGUCCAAGACAUAACUAUUCUGUACUCUGGUAGGCCAUCACAAUGUUAUGCAACGAUGGUAAACCCGUUUCUCUUGUCUAUGACUCUAUUCAUACAUAAGAGGGGAAUGAAGUUGUGAUCUGAGAUCUAGUUAUUCUUGGAUUUAUCUGAGUUCUCGUCAUAGUUAUUUCAGCUAACACAGUCCAUGCCUAUAUAAACAGUACUUUAACCUUCAGCCCUAACGUUUGUAUCUUUCCAAAGUAAACACCCAGUGGUACUUUUGUUGACAUUGUCUUAGGUUACUUUGAGUCCUUUCAUUAGCAGUGCACACAUUCAUCAGCCAGACAAGACAAUGCGCUUCCUCACCCGAGUCUUCAUUUUACUUUCCUUUGGGUGCAUUUCUCUCCUGUGGUUUCUCUGGAGACACACACCACUGAUUCAAGAUAGUCUGAGUAUGAAGGAGGAAAGAGCAAACUCAGCACUGACAUUUGAUACUCUUCUGCAUGUUCAGCAGCUCAGGAAAAAGAUGCUGAGGUCCUUCUGCAAUAAACAUGGCAAAACCAACCAACUUCCUCAUACCCAGCAAAAAGCUUCCCAGACACUAUCUUCCAUGAUGGUGAAUAACAAACUGCAUUUCCUGUAUUGCAAAAUACCAGGCACUGGGGUGGAAGAUUGGGAGAAGCUAUUGGAGAUGCUGGUGGAGAGAGAAGAUGUUACACUGCAUAUGCCAGUCCCCUACCAGCGACAAUUUGGAACCUCUAAGAUGCUGAGUCAUUACAAUGUGACAUCAAUGGAAGCCAUGAUGAAAUCCUACACAAAAGUUAUUUUUAUCAGGGAGCCCUUCCAGAGAAUCAUUUAUGCUUACAUGCAUGGCUUAGCAGAAGGUUUAACCUUUCAGGAGUUUAUUCAGUACAUCUUAGAGGGUGGAUCCAUGAAUGCCAGUGUUGAAUGGACACCGUUAGUUAGCCUGUGCCAUCCAUGCAUCAUCCUUUAUGACUACGUAGUGGUAUUUGGGUUGCUUGGUAGUGAGGUGCACCAUUUAAUGCUUCGGGCAGGGCUUCCAGAAAGCAUCCAGGUUCCUGAAUUCAUAGACUCAAAAAUUCGGUGGACCUACAGCUGGUUGGAAGAUCAGAUGUUCAAAGAACUCUCUCUUGAACAGAAGAAACAGCUAUGCCGUUUUUUUCGGUUUGACUUCGCUGCAUUUCAUUUCCCCCACAGCUUGCUCUGGGACCUCACUUGCAUUUCAGAAAGCAAUUAGAAAAAAAUGAGAGAGGACUCUCUAAUGAAGCAACACCCAAAAUACAUAUCACAAUGAUAACCUUUAUUAGGCUCACUGAGUUAUAUUAUGCCUCACAAGGUUUCCAGGCUCACUCGCUUCUUUAUCGGGCAAGAGUCUUAGUAUCUACAUCUGUUUGAGAUGAAGGCUUAAGAUAUUGCUUAAGGUGGUAUGUAGAAGAAUUGGUGCUGUAGUGGCUCCAUUUCUUUUUGACCAUGAAAGACAGAAAGAACUGUUUAACGAUGGCACCAAUUACACAGAGAGGGAAUGAGGGAGUUGAACUCAAUUACCUAUGGGAGGCCCUUCCAACCCUGCAAUUCUCUGAUUCUGUGACUGAGGACAAAGUCCAUAAGAUCCAGCUGAGAAAAUUCCUGCUUGAUUUGGGACUCACAAAGGCUGAUAAAGAUCUAGGCUGUCUCUAUUUGGUGCAACGCUGCAACGCCACCCCAUCCCCAUUUUUAGACAUAGUAUGGUGAGUCUCUUAAGAGGUCUUUGCACUGUUACCAUAUACUAUUAUUCCACUUUAACUGGAAUGUUUGUAGAUAUCCUAGGAUUGGCAGUUUAAAGAGGUAGAUUAUGAAUUCUCAUCCAGGGCACUGUAGUACUUUAUCAGAAUAUAAAUCCCAUAGUUCUGAGGAAGCAGCCAUGGUACUUCAAGUGGAAUUAUAGUGCUAUAUUUGAAUUCCAGAUAUAUGUUUAGGUGCUACAAUGGCUAAAAUUUUCCAAUGACUGUGAAAUUCAGGUUAACUUACCAUCUGAAUAACUGUGAUGUGUUUUGUUGCAUGAUUAGCACAGAUGCGUCUGAGUAUAUAUAUCCAGGAUUCUGCAUCAGGAAACAUAAAUGUAUUGUGUAGCUUUCUCUUUGCAGUUAUGUCUCACAAUGCUACUAUUCCAAAAGCCACCUUGUAAACGGCACAGUUUCCCCAAAAUAACCAUUUAUGUAUUAUCAGAGUAGUGGAGUUAGUGGUAACAUGUUCAGUUAUGUUCCUGUAACUGAACGCAUCGUGAUAGACAUCUACAGAACCCUGCUGGCAAUGUCCUUGCAAUGCAUCCAGCUAAAUGAAAAAAGCUAAUUGCAUUUCCAAUGAUCCCCUUCUCCCAUUCACUUAUAAUAAACCAUUGAGAUGUGCUGUGUUGUUUACAAGGUGGGUUGAGAAGGAAUUUGGACCAUUGGGUGGUUACAACAUACUUCCAGCCUCCACAAUGACCAGCAAUGGGAGUUUCAAUGGCAAAGAUCUGACAUUUCCAUCACAAUUCAUACAAGCAAUACAUUUUUACAUAUACAGUAGAGUCUCACUUAUCCAAGACUCGCUUAUCCAAGGUUCUGGAUUAUCCAAUGCAUUUUUGUAGUCAAUGUUUUCAAUAUAUCGUGAUAUUUUGGUGCUAAAUUCAUAAAUACAGUAAUUACAACAUAACAUUACUGUGUAUUGAACUACGUUUUCUGUCAAAUUUGUUGUAUAACAUGAUGUUUUGGUGCUUAAUUUGUAAAAUCAUAACCUAAUUUAAUGUUUUUGAGGCUUUUCCCUAAUCCCUCCUUAUUAUCCAAGAUAUUCACUUAUCCAAGGUUCUGCCGGCCCUUUUAGCUUGGAUAAGUGAGACUCUACUAUAGCUUCUUUAUCUAGCCUCAGUGUCUCAAGUGACCUGCAAAUUUGUUCUUUUAUCACAAGUGGCUCUUUCUCCAUCUUCAGUCAGGGGAUACCAGUUGCUAACAUUUGCAGUGAUUAAUAACAUUUAAUACUACUUAUUUCAUUUUUAUGAGACAUAUCCUGUGAGGAGCACAUGAUGCCAUGCUCCUUUUAUUUAAUGUGAUAUAUUUGUUCAAGAAUAGUGUUGGUAGUACAGCGUUAUGUUUAUAAAAUAGUUUGAAAGACGUUGCAGUGACAAUAAUUCUUACUCUUGAAAACAUUAAGCUUUACACAUUGGGUAUUGGCAAGGAGCAGUACUUCUCAGCGAUACAGUGAAUUUAUAGUUUUACAAAGUAUUGUACUAGAUGGCCAUUUCGAUCUUUUCCAAUUCUAUGAUCAGAGCUUGCAAAGCAUUUUAAAAUAAUUGAUAUUUGUUACAGGGGUUGGAAACUAAUUAAUUUCAGUUAGUCAUCACACUAUUAAGAAAGCAACUUAUUGCCUGUAGAUAACCCAUACUUAUGCAACUUGGGGUUGUAUCAGCAUAUGAACGUUUAGUCUCUGCAAUGCCCCUUGCACCACUAGCAUCUCCCCAAUGUAACCAUUGUUUGAUGGGCCAUCAGAACACAAAAUUCAUAGGUUUUCUUGGGAAGGUAUGGGGAGGGACAGGACAUAUUUACUGGUGCAAAACUGCUCAAUGUAGCAACAGAAAAAAGAUGUUGAUGGCAAUAUGUUGGUGGCACAGGUUGAAAGCUCCUCAGUAGAGUGUCCACAUCUUUCUGCUGCAAAGAAUGACUGCAAUAGAGACCUGCCCUCAUCGGUGCUUGCAAUCAUCCCAGUAAGGAGAAUACAGAAGAAGAAAAAUGACUGAAUUAGAAUUUGUUGAAUUGUGUGAUUAUAAUUCAAAAGUGGACAUACAAGCAGAUUGCACUUGUAAGUGUUGUUCCAAUCUUAGUUGCAAGUUUGAAUGAACUUGGUUGCAAGUUUGAAUUCUUUCAAGUUUGCAAGAAUUUCAGAUUCAGAGACAGAGGAACCAUCUUUUUUUCUCCUUUUAACAUUUACAUUCCAGAAAGAACCUUUCAACAGUAAUCCUUUUCUUAGGCAACUGAUUGAGUUUAAAAAACAUAAUUGAAUUAUAAAGCUUCAUGAAUCUGUGACAGAUCUGUUUUCAGCUGUGAGCUUUAGUGUUUUUUUUGUUUUGUUUUUUUGAUCUUUUGAGAUAAAACGAGCUUAAUGAGUAGAGAUACUUCCUUGCGAGUCCUUCAUUCAUACUCUCACGGAUCAUGGUCUAUUUGAAGUUGGGCAGCCAGGAAAAAGAAACUACGUUUGUUCUUCCUUGGAUUUGGGAGGGUGAUCAAGAAAUAAACCACAGUGUGGAGCUCGGCAGGUGAAAGCGUGGAACAGGCUUGAUUACUCUUGCUAUAGUCAGGAAUGGAGAGGAAGUUUAGCCCUCAAUAUAUUAUCAUUUUCAAAGACACUAUUUCAUUAUCCCAUGAAAGGUUGAGAGGAUGAAAUGUUGCAUUCAGGAAUAACUUCUGUAAAGAAUAAAACCACUUGUUCUCCCUAAACUAUACCUUUUUGCAUAAUCACUGCUAGCAAAUGCCUUGGGUGUGGGACGGGGGUAGAAUCAUAGAAUCAUAGAAUAGUAGAGUUGGAAGAGACCUCAUGGGCCAUCCAGUCCAACCCCCUGCUAAGUAGCAGGAAAUCGCAUUCAAAGCACCCCCGACAGAUAGCCAUCCAGCCUCUGCUUAAAAGCCUCCAAAGAAGGAGCCUCCACCACGGCCCAGGGGAGAGAGUUCCACUGUCGAACAGCUCUCACAGUGAGGAAGUUCUUCCUGAUGUUCAGGUGGAAUCUCCUUUCCUGUAGUUUGAAGCCAUUGUUCCGUGUCCUAGUCUGCAGGGCAGCAGAAAACAAGCUUGCUCCCUCCUCCCUAUGACUUCCCUUCACGUAUUUGUACAUGGCUAUCAUGUCUCCUAUCAGCCUUCUCUUCUGCAGGCUAAACAUGCCCAGCUCUUUAAGCCGCUCCUCAUAGGGCUUGUUCUUCAGACCCUUAAUCAUUUUAGUCGCCCUCCUCUGGACGCUUUCCAGCUUGUCAACAUCUCCCUUCAACUGCGGUGCCCAAAAUUGGAUGCAGUAUUCCAGGUGUGGUCUGACCAAGGCAGAAUAGAGGGGGAGCAUAACUUCCCUGGAUCUAGACGCUAUUCCCCUAUUGAUGCAGGCCAGAAUCCCAUUGGCUUUUUUAGCUGCCGCAUCACAUUGUUGGCUCAUGUUUAACUUGUUGUCCACGAGGACUCCAAGGUCUUUUUUGCACACACUGCUGUCAAGCCAGGCGUCCCCCAUUCUGUAUCUUUGAUUUCCAUUUUUUCUGCUGAAGUGAAGUAUCUUACAUUUGUCCCUGUUGAACUUCAUUUUGUUAGUUUCGGCCCAUCUCGCAAGUCUGUCCGGAUCGUUUUGAAUUCUGCUCCUGUCUUCUGGAGUGUUAGCUAUCCCUCCCAGUUUUGUGUCGUCUGCAAACUUGAUGAUCGUGCCUUCUAACCCUUCGUCUAAGUCGUUAAUAAAGAUAUUGAACAGAACCGGGCCCAGGAUGGAGUCCUGCGGCACUCCACUCGUGACUUCUUUCCAUGAUGAAGACGAUGCAUUGGUGAGCACCCUUUGGGUUUGUUCGCUUAGCCAAUUACAGAUCCACCUAACCAUAGUUUUGUCUAGCCCACAUUUUACUAGUUUGUUUGCCAGAAGAUUGUGGGGGACUUUGUCAAAGGCCUUACUGAAAUCCAGGUACGCUACAUCCACAGCAUUCCUUGUAUCGACCCAACUCGUAACUCUAUCGAAAAAAGAGAUCAGAUUAGUCUGGCAUGACUUGUUUUUGGUAAAUCCGUGUUGACUAUUAGCAAUGACCGCAUUUGUUUCUAAGUGUUCACAGACCACUUCCUUAAUGAUCUUUUCCGGAGUGGAAUUGCAUGCACACUACACCGUGAUUAUGUGGAUGUGAUAUUUACCAAUAAGCAAACUUGCAAAACAUUUUAGAACAUAUUUAUUUGUGCAAAUUUGUUCAUUUCAAGCAAAAAAAAUUCAGAUCAACACAAUAUCAAUCAUUAAGAAAACUCUUAAUAGGGUUCUGUAAAGUAUUCAGUUAAACUAAUGCUAAGUAUUUCUUCAAAACCACUCAUUCUUAUGAGAAGUUACUAACAAUGAAAGACACUAUUAAUCUUACUCUUUUUGGAAUCUGCCUUUCUUUUUAAGAAAGGUACGCUGCAGUUAUAUUUGAUUUGUGUAACUUGUUCUACAGUUAUGUUAGUUUGCCCUUACUAAUCAUAAGAUUUAGUGGAUGGAACAGGUAUCAACAAGCACUUGAACAAGGAACACUUUGAGCAUUGGAACAACUACUUAUUGUGUUUAUGGAUAACAUAUAUCAGAUUGGGGGAAAUGGCUCUACUCAGCAUGACAAAAACAUGGCAAUUCUAUCUACCAUAAAAUGUAUACACACCACAAAUAUCUAUACAACAAGCACAAGAUGGGAGACUUGAUCUGUGCACUUCUUUUGUUCCAACACGAAAUGUCAACUUUCAGUAUAGAAUGCUAAGUUUCAUUUUUGAAAAUAAUUAAACAUCAGAAGCAGACAUACUCUUAAGUAGUAGCAUGAUAACAUUCAGUGAUCUUUGUCUAGGAUGGUGAGUUAGCAUACUUAGGCCAAAAUCCUCUUGGCACACUAUGCUGGUUGUUUCUACAACACUGUAAGGCAAUGUCAGCAGGAAGAAAAGGGCAUAGGUACCAAAGCCAUAAACAAAAAAAGACAUUGGAGAAGGCGGCUGCUCACAACUGGCAGAUUUUGACUGCCUUCCUUCACAACCACUGUGUAACUAUGGAGAAAAGUAGAACUACUUAAACAGUGUACCAAAAGGAUUCCAGCCUAAAUAAACAUUUAGAAAAACAAAGGGUUAGAGCAAGACUUCCUCAAAGCUGACCUUCUGAAAUCAACGGGCGCUUAGCUAGUGGCUCAAGGUUAAAAGUUCUGCAGUCAAUUUAUCUAGGUCUCCUCCAAAUUAACUGUUUGCACUGUCAGUAUUAUGAGUCAUAUGCAUCUUUAACUGACCAAUAUCAGAUAAAAUAGGAGCAUCAUUCAUUAGUAGUGGCAAUCAAGGCAACAAAGCAACAAUGAAUGUUGGCUAUGCUUUUGUUCUAGAAGAUACGAUAUCCUGCUUCUUAUUUUCUGCAGUCAACCAUAUAUUAUAUUAUUUUGCUGUGUGCUUCAAUUCAUUUCCUAAGGUGAUCAUGGAGUUUUCUAGGUAAGAUUUGUUUGGGAGGGGUUCAUUUUUUCUUUUUCUGAGGCCGAGGGUGUAUGAUUUCUCCAAGGUCACCCAGUGUGUCCCAAUGACUGAGCAGGGAUUCAAACCCUGGUCUCCAGAAUAGUAAUCCUAACCACUACACCAUGUUGGCUCUCUAAUAUAUUGUAAAUCAAGGGGAAAUUACAAAAUCUCUACCUUUUGCAACAUUUUGUGGCAGAUUAUGCAGUUCAUUAACGUAGCAUCUUUCCCCAUAAGGCAUUUGUGUUUUACUAAAUAAGGUAUAUAGCAUAAGGAGUGCAAUGUGAUAUAAUUUGGGACAAUGGAGUGUGAGCCAUGUAAAAGGCAUACAUGGUUAUUGAAAUUGUAUUCAAGCAUCUCUAGCAUCAGUAGAAAUUGACACAUCUUCGGGAAACAGACCUGGGCCAACAAUUCUCAUUUCUCCAACAGUCAGAGAUCAAACCUGUCCAACCGUCAAGGAGUCUUCUCAUUUUGCCAUCCUUGGAGGGCUCCUCGUGCACUGUUUAAUUCAGCAAAGCAAUAGCUCAAUCUAUCAGAUUUUUCAAAAACAACAUUCUGAUCCUUUUAGUUGACUGGACAUGGUUCACUUUAAUGGUGUCUGACUGAGUCCACCAUAAUAUACUACACACUGCAAAUAACCUGACUUCGUGAAUCACAGAGACUACAAAGAAUGGAACAUUAUUGCAGAAGAAAGUGGCUGCCAACCUUCCUAGGAAGUUUUCUACAAAUUACAGUCGUCCAUGGUACCUGAUAAUCUCAAUUUAGUACCAGAAAAGGAAUGGGGAAAUGUACCAUAAGAAACAAGCUUUCUCUGACUUAACAGUAUUUACAUUGUGGGAUUUUUCAUAAUCCUUUCACAUUCCUAUACUUGCCCAGUCAAAAUGUAGCUUAUUCCUUGUAAUAGGAGUAGAAGAUUGCAUCCAAGACGGGAAUUGUGUGCAUUGAUAUUGGGCCCCCAAAAGUCAGAAAUGUAUUUUUUUAAAAAGAAAAUAACCCAAAUACCUUCUAAGGAGUAUUGGAGUGUUUUCACCAUAUGUUUGUUCCAUUAUGCUACUUUAGGUCCAGCAGGAGCAUUUUAAAAACCUCUUUAAAAGAGCCUCUUCUGAGCUUCAAGUGGCCCAGAAGAACCAAAAACAUAUAGUGGAAAUGCCCUCCAUGUCUGCUCACUCCCCAUAUAAUGUAUUUGAAAAAUGUGGGUUUUUUCCCCUUAGAAAAUAUGGUGGGUCUGCAGUCCUCCAAGGUCUCCUGGGUGCUAAUCUCAGUUUAGAUUACAGCCUUCAUUUUGUGAGUAAAUUGCUAAAAUCAACACCUCCUUCUUCCAAGUAAAACUACUCAGAUCAGAACAUUAGCUAAUACUGGUGCAAAACUGCUAACAUAUUUAGAAUUCUCAAUGUAGCAACAAAAAAAAAGAAUAUGUUGGAGGCACAGGCUGAAAACUGAGUAAAGUUUCCACAUCUUUCUGAUGCAAAGAAUGACUGCAAUAGGGACCUGCCCUCAUUGGUGCUUACAAUCAUCCCAUUAAGGAGAAUACGAGGAAAAUGGCUGAGUUAGAAUUAGUUGAAUUGUGUGAUUAUACUUCAAAAGUGAACAUACAAACAGAAUGCUGCUCCAAUCUUGGUUGCAAGUUUGAAUGAACUUGGUUGCCAGUUUGAAUUCUUGCAAGUUUGCAGUAAUGUCAGAUUCACAGACAGAACAACCAUCUUUUUUUUUUCCUCCUCUUAACAUUUACUUUCCAGAAAGAACCUCUCAACAGUAAUCCCUUUCUUAGGCAACUGAUUGAGUUAAAAAAAAUUGAAUUAUAAAGCUUCAUGAAUCAGUGACAGAUUUGUUUUCAGCUUUGAAUUUUAGAGUUCUGUUUUGGUUUUUUUGGUCCUCUGAAGUAAAACCAGCUUAAUGAGUAGAGAUGCAUUCUUGCAAGUCCUCCAUUCAUACUCUCACGGACCAUGGUUUAAAAGUGCCUGGCUUAGCAGAUGGACACUGGACAAAAAUAAAUAGAUAGAUAAAAUUAAUAUACAUGAAAAAAUGGGAUAAAUAUUUAACAUGAAAUAUCUAGGUCAAACCUGAGAUUGGUCAUGUUCCAGUUGCCAGGUGACAACAGAAUAAAGCCCACCUCAGACUGACUGUUUCUCCACCCAAAAACCCAAAGAGAGAAAAACUGGAAUGAUCUAUAUUCAGUGGUGAGUUAUAGACAACAUGUGGUGGAGGGUUGUAUAUGUGUGGAGUGGACUAUCUUAGCUUGAUAUUGUGGGGCAAGGCCUUCCUCUUGCUGGAUCUAUGAACUACUUUAUAUACUCAUGUAUAAGACAAGAAAUACUAGUUUAAAAAAUCAACCCAAAAAACCAGGGUUGACUUGUCCAUGAGUCAAUGUGAGUGCUGUACUAUAAUUCUUACAAGAAAACCCCCAUUAUCUCAUCUGAGUAGCCCGGCAAAAGAGCUUAGUCCAUCUUGGGAGAAUCUAAAAGAAGCACAAGCCCCCUGUACUCCCUCCACUAUGGCACUUCUGGCCUUUUUGAAUUACUGCGUGGGAAAAUGUUUGCAGUGACCAAGUGUGAUUGGCCUCUAGCAGCAACAUUAAUGAUUCCCCUCUUCGUGGAAUGAUCCUCAAUUUAUCCAGAAGUUGUAGCGAAAUCCAUAAUUUUGGCCUUAAACUGCCCUCAGCUUAGGCAUGAAAUCAACAUAUACAUGAGUAUAUAAGGUAUUCUUAAUUAUAUUACAAGAGAUUAAGAAACUAAAAAGGCGUAUUAACCUACCAUUUUGGUGAAGACGUCAACACAAGCAUUGCGAAUUCUCUCUGGAGUGGCAGGGCUGUCUAAUCUGAAAGGCUCUUUUAGUCCUGAUUCUUGCCUGGCAGCAAUAAUUGCAUCUUUAAUGGCAUAAAACACAGACGCUGAUAGGAAUAAGGGAGGCUCGCCCACAGCCUACAAGAUAAAAAAGGAUCAGGCCUUACACCAACCAUUUCAUAUUCACAGCUUAGAGGGAAAUUGUUCACAUAGGCUACCCAUGAUAUGGAGAAUAGUCUUUAUCAAUUCUUAAUGUCAGUAUGUUUUCAGCAUCCCAUUUAGUACCACGAUAAGUUCAAAAAGGAUACAUUGAUACAUCAUCAUCAUCAUCAUCAUCAUCUUUCUCCCAAUAAUGAAACUCAAAGUGGCUAACAAUAUAUUUAAAAACAAUACAGGUUCAAAAUAACAUUGAUUCAAAUAUACAUGUAAAUGUUAUUUUAAAAUGUAUUGAGUAAAAACAUUUAAUAUUCAAAACAUUUGAAUGUAUUCAAAAUAUUCAAAUUCAUUAAAAUGCAAUGCAAACAUAAAGCAGCACAACACAUCAAUAAAACCCCAUCCAAUUCAAUUUCUAAAAUGCUGGUGGCGCAAGUCCAUUUUCAGUUGCAAAUGGAAGAAGAGGAAUGAAGGAGACAUCCUGGGCUCUUUAAAACGGAAGCUCCAAAGACUGGGAACUACCACCAGUCAGAAUGCAAAAGACAUGAAUACUAAGGCUUGGCUUUGUUAGUGUGCUGGAUUUGCUAUCAUUACAGAUUUCAAUAUAAAGCAAAGAAAGGAUACAUAAAGGUAACUUUAUUUGCAAGUUAUCAUUUCAGUGUUACUGUCUGCUUUAAGUUUGAACACACCACCUGUGUGGAAGACCAGGGAUUUCUCCAUGUUAUACUUACCUUGGACGAAUAAAUGGCCUUGCUGUUUGGACAGUCCCGGAGAAGAGACACAUGGAACUCUGUGGGGAUGUCACCAAAUGAAGGGAUUUUGUACAUUCCAGGCCCUCGGGUGUACAAAUUGCCUUCUGGGGAAUAGCGCAGCUCUUCUAGAGUAAAAAGCCCAACUCCUUGCACAAAUCCCCCUUCUAUCUGCAAAAGUAUAUAAAGCACAGAUUGCAUUCUUAUUUGGACAUCACCUGGAUACAAAAUAGGUUUUGGACUCCCACAAUAUACUAACUUUCUAAAAAAAAACCAAAGUCAUGUCACUGUCACAGGUGAAGUACUCAAUCCAAGAAGUACAGAAAAGGGCUGUAAUUAUUUAGUGCUUAAAGAAAAACAAUCUUGCAGGUUCAAACUUCUCAUAGUCUAUAUCAGUGGUUCUCACCUUGUGGGUCCCCAGGUGUUUUGGCCUUCAACUCCCAGAAAUCCUAAAAGCUGGUAAGCUGACUAGGAUUUCUGGGAGUUUUAGAGCACCCACAGGUUGAGAACCACUAUAUGUUAAAAAAACCUUAAGCUAUCUUGUGAGUGCCCUACCCAUGUUUUUCCUUUUUCUAUCUAGCAUGUGAAUUGUAUAAUGUUUCUAAACCUUGAUAAACAAAUGCAACUUUAAAAAACUGUUGAUUAACAAUCUCCCAUGUCAAAUAGUUCAUGUGACUGCCACUGAUUAUGAUCCCUGUUUCUGGUCAUUGUUGAGUAUAUUCUGUUUGUUUGCACUCACAUUCUUUUCAGCUCAAGAGAACAUGGGAUUGUUGCAUUACUUACCUGCCCAAUGUCUAUGGCAGGGUUCAGGCUGGUGCCAACAUCCAUCACGAUGUCUGUGCGAAGAUUCUAAAUAUGGACAGGAGCAGGGACAGGACAGACAAUAGACAAAUUAAGUAAAAUACUGUCCCUUUUGAUUUUGCCUGUUCACAUAUUUUGUAAUGGGUGUUACAAAAUGCAUUAGUUAUCACCUGAAGAUUUAUAGGUCAAAUCUCAGCCCAGACUCAAAUGCAUCAAGUUGCCUGGGGCUAUGUGGUCACUUCCACCUGACCACAAAAGAGGAUACAACAUCAAAAAAUUGCAGAAGCUACUUUAUAUAUAGAUAUAAAUGCAAAUCUUUUGCCAAUACCUUUAUAUCAGUGGUGUCAAACUUAUGGCCCUCCAAAAGUUUUGGACUUUGACUCCCAGAAUUCCUAACCAUUGGAUAAGCUGGCUAGGGCUUCUGGGAAUUGGAGGUCAAAACAUCUGGAGGGCCACAAGUUUGACAUCCCUGCUUUGUAUGCUCCCAUAGAGCAAACACAUUUUAAAUGUGAGUGCAUGUGUUACUUUAGGUCACCUGUAAACUUAUAGUGACUUCUUGAUUUUCUUAGGUGAGGAAUACUUAGAGUUGGUUUGUUAUGGUCAAUUGCCUUCCUCUGAACUACAGUCUACAGCACUUGAUAGUCCUUGGCAAUAGUCUCUCAUCCAGAUACCAACCCAGACUAACCUUGCUCAACUUCCAAGACCAAAUGGAAUCUGGAGUAUUUAUCCCUCGUAUUUGCAGUUAUUUGCUAUAGUAUAAAAAUGCAUCUUGCCAUAAUAGGAAAGACUAUGACCAGGUGUUCUGCUCCAUCUACCGUCCAAAAGCUAACUGCUAAUAGCACUCUCCUUUUCUAAGGUUCUUUAGUUUUAAAGAGGGCUUUUUGAUGGCCAUUCCCAGGCUCUUGAACUACUUACCUGGACAAUCUAAACUAGCACAAACCUUGUGUUCUUUCCACCAGGAAUAAUGAUUUCUAGAAGAGAUUUUAGCUUUUCCCGUGCUAUAAGUAAAGUUCUUCCUUUAUUGACUGGUUUAACAUUUUGUGUUUUUAAUAUACAGUAUUUCUGUUUUUAUGAAAUGUCCUAAUGUAUUGUUUUAUUUGUAUUUUUAUUCAAUCAUGUUGUUAACUAUGAGUGAAGAGGGGGCAGCCAGAAAGACACAGCUCCAUCGUGUCUCCUCCACCAGCAGUUGGGAUUGAGCCCCAGAACUGAUGGAAGGAGAAGCGGCUAUAGAGUCAUAAGAGCUAGCAACCUGAACGACACUGCCGCAAAAUUUAAAUGCUAAAAUAUCAAAGCUAAAAUAUUAUCCAAAUUUAAGCUAUUCAGCCAGAAAUGAAAAAGAAUAGCACAGGAUCAUAUAUUUUGACAAAUGGUAGAUUUGCGUGAAGCCCAAAAGGUAGAUUGACGACAAAUCUAAUAAAGGAAAAGUAUAAAGGAAUGGUUAACUAUGUACCAUUUCCUUCCUAUUGGCUGCAAAUAUGAGAUAUAAACAUGAUAAAUGAAUAAUAAAUAAAAUAGAUUUGGACUUAUCACAGGAACUUCAAAUGAUAUCUUCUAUUUUGAGUCUCUUUCUCAUAUGAGUCUCUCGGAAACAAAGAGUUUCCAUAAUUAUUUGGUGUUGUUUUUUUUAAGGAAGUGCCAUUUUUUCCAAAUGGGAUAUUUUAGUCCAUUUACAUUCCUUGUGAUUCUUUUUAGAAUCAUUUUACUUGUGUUAUUAAAAUAUCUUGAUUUGUUAUCUUGAUCAAUUCUCAUAUUUUAUUAUUCUUAUUGAGUUCUCAGCUUUUUGGGUAAUUACUUUUGGGAUAUCUUCCUACUACUGGGGUCUCUUCCCUUAACCAAGUAUUCCACCCUCAGUCUCCAAAACUGAUCACAGCAAACUAAACAGUAUGAAGAGGAGUGGUAAGUACACUCACACAGAGAGAGAAGUUGAGUCUCAAAGCCAUAGUACUAGAAAUGAAAACAUGUUCCCCACAUCCAACACAUUAUUAAAUAUCCACCACACACACAAACAAACAUGACCAUCAUCAUCACCACCAGCAGCAGCACAAAAAUACUCUUAACUAUUUGUUUAGCAUGUUUACCUUGUGAUCACCUGUAAGGCAGUCUAUCUCAACCUCAGAACAAGAAACACCAUAGGAGAAAUAAGCAAAAGCCUUUCCCUCAUUCUUCUCAGGGUCAUAGUCAAGGUCAGGAAUUCU